UCCGCGGCGGCGACGACGUCAUAGCUAUCCCGUCUGCUGCGUGCUGCACUACGCGCUACCUACUCCGCCAGCCGCACCGACGCGCGCGUCUGUCGCAGUCCAUGAAGGGACCCUAACAUGAACAGUUUGAACGUGCUUGUUCUCUCUCUUCUGCAGCUCUCUCUGCUGCUGCUAUGCGCGGUCGUCCACUGCAGCAUGGCCCACCCGGCAUUACGGUCCGACGCGGCGCCGACGAUGGCGACGCCGCAGCACUCCGUCGAUCCCGACACGGAGAUCUCCGACGAUGAUGGCUCGGACUUCCAGACACUGGAUAUUCCGCUGAACAGCCAACACUCCAUAGACAGUCUACCCGUAGUUAAUCUCACUGAACACGACGAGCCAGCACGUGCGAACCGAGUCAAAAGACAGAUGCGGCUCAAUUACGUGCAUUUAUGUGAUGUAAGGAAGAAAUUUAGAUUUCUCAACGACAGACGGUACGAGUACAGGCCGGCGUUUUACACAGAGAUUUGGUGCAGCGAGCCAGAUCAUGGCGAGAAUGUCCAGAAAUGUGCCUUCGGAGCACUCCACUGCGUGCAGCAGCACGCCGUCCUUCACCUCAGCCGACGGAAAGCCGGGUCGGACUGCUGGGAGCCCGUGCAGAAAGAGAUCAAAUAUGGCUGCGAAUGCAUGUGGCCCAUCAACGAGCUCGGCCCGAUGGACACGAUGUAAAGACUGGUUGCCGGCACCUCGACUUCUUCCUCUAUUGGUUCUUCCCGCAGUCGACCGGAGGCCGGAUCGAAAUUCCCCGCGCUCUAUAUAGUAGGCGGCAGAAAUGUCGACGCGCUACUAUCCGAGAACGUCUUCGUACCCUAGGUUCGGAAGGACACACUCACACACACACACACACACACACACACACACACACACACACACACACACGCACACACAAGACCCACUG